AUGACGAAGGUUCAAGAACUUUCGGAGGAACUCCAUUCCUUUCAGCAACGUGUGGACACGAAUUUGGAAGAACUUCGCAUGCAAGCUUCGCGACAAGCUGUUGAAACCAGAAAUCAGAUCUCGAUUUUGAUCAACCAGAUGCAACAAUUACAGGAAACUGUUAUAGCCAAUCAGGUACCUAGGCAUGAAUCUUCCACUCAUAAUUCUCCUUCUGCUACUCACAAUUCACAUAAAUCAGAUUCUAUGGACCAUCGUUCCUUACUUAAAGGAGUUCGUAUGGAGAUUCCAAUUUUCAAUGGUCUUGAUCCUAAUAAUUGGAUCUUUAAAACGGAGCUUUUCUUCACCUUGCAAAUGAUUCCAGAAGAAACAAAGGUGUCUCUGGCUGGUUUGAAAAUGGAAGGUAUGGCAGCUUCAUGGUUUCAGUGGACCUUUAAUACCGGUAAAGCUCGUAGGUGGAGUGAGUUUGCUUAUGCACUUCGACAACGUUUUGGUAUGUCUGGCUUCACAAAUUUGAAAGGUGCUUUAUCUAAGUUGACCCAAUCCUCUUCUCUUCGAUCAUAUGUUCAACAAUUUGAGGCUUUGGUUAAUCAAAUACCAGAUUUGGAUGAUGAUCUUUUGAUGAAUUUUUUCGUUUCUGGUUUGCAAUCUGAGCUUCGUAGUGCUGUCCAAUUGAGGGAACCAAUUUCACUGCAUCACGCUAUUCAACUAGCAAUGGCUUAUGAUGACCACUUUGGUGAAUUGAAGAAUUCUUUUCAAGGAGCUCCUAAGAAAUUUUUUCCAAAACCAGUUCAAAUUACUGAGGUGAAUUCAGUGGUUUCCAACAGUUCUUCCACUUCAAAUGUUCCUCCUCCACCAAUUGCACAUUCUCACAGGUUGGCUUUACCAGCUUCUAAUCAAAUGAAAAGAGUUUUCAAUGCUGAUUUGCAUAAGCAUAGAGAAUUUGGGCUAUGUUAUACUUGUGAUGAAAAAUGGUCUUCCAAGCAUCUCUGUAAAAAUAAAAUGAUGUUGUUGAUGGGAGAAGAAGAGAAAAUACAAGACAAUCUGGAAGAGGAGCAAAUAGUCUGGCAAGCUGAUCAGUCCAUGAUUGAAUCAAAGGAUGCUUCCUUACAUACUUUGAGAGAUAACAAUCAUUGUCGUGUGCAUUGGUGUUCUCUUCUGCGCUACAGGAAACAAUUAGCCAGUAAACUCUCCUUACCUAUAUCACAUUCUCAUAGAAUUCGUGUAUUUUUGGGUAAUGGUGAUGUAAUGUUUUCUGAAAAGAAAUGUUUAAAAGUACCUCUGUUGAUUCAAGGGCAUUUGUUUGUCUGUGAUCUCUGGUUAUUGGAAUUAUCUGAUAUUGACAUCAUAUUGGGCAUGCCUUGGUUAGAAAGGUUGGGCAAGGUCACUCAUGAUUAUAUGAGGAGGUCAAUGGAAUUUUGUUGGGAAGGUAAUUCAAUUUCCUUGCAAGGGCUGAAUGAUGUAUCGGUUACUGCUAACAUGAAUGUUCUAGUCACAAGUGAGUGGGCCAUGUGUAAUUCUUUGCUAGCAGAAACAGAUUCCACUAGGCUCAAUACUUGUUCACCUGAGUUGACUGCUUUGCAAACUGAAGUUCAUCCACUGUUAUGGUCCAUUCUGCUCAAAUUUCAGAGAGUUUUUUCUGUGCCUAGUGGCUUACCCCCAUUUAGAGGUUUGGACCAUUCAAUUCUCUUGGAGGAAGGUACCAAACCUAUUAAUGUGAGACCUUAUCUUUAUGGUCAUAAUCAGAAAACUGAAAUUGAAAAACAUGUUUCUGAAUUGUUGGCAGCUGGCUUCAUUCAGCAUUCCAAUAGCCCUUUCUCUUCUCCAGUUUUGCUAGUUCGAAAGCAUGACAAUUCUUGGAGACUUUGUAUUGAUUAUAGGGCCUUGAAUGCAGUAACUAUUAAGGACCGAUUCCCUAUUCCAACAAUUGAUGAGCUAUUGGAUGAAUUAGGUGGUUCUACCAUUUUCACCAAGCUAGAUUUAAGAGCAGGUUACCAUCAAAUUCGGUUGCUCCCUGCUGAUGCCUACAAAACUGCAUUUAGAACUCAUGAGGGGCAUUAUGAAUUUCUAGUUAUGCCCUUUGGUUUGACAAAUGCCCCUGCCACUUUUCAAUCUGUCAUGAAUCACUUGUUCAAGCCUUAUUUGAGAAGAUUUAUUAUAGUCUUCUUUGAUGACAUAUUGGUGUUCAGCAAGACUGUUGAGGACCAUGCUAAACACUUGGAAUUGACUCUCAGUUCUCUACAGCAAUAUGAGUUUUUUGUCAAGAUCAGCAAGUGUGCAUUCGGUCAAAAAUCUAUUGAAUACUUGGGCCAUGUGGUUGAUGAUCAAGGCCUCAUUGAUUAUUACAGAAGAUUUGUCAAAGGAUAUGCUUCACUAGCUCUUCCUUUAACCAAUCUAUUGAAAGGUUCAGCCUUGUUCACUUGGACUGCAGCAGCCGAAACAACUUUUGUGGAAUUGAAGAAAGCCAUGUCUCAAACCCCAGUGUUGAGAUUACCUAACUUUGAAGAACUUUUUAUCUUGGAUACUGAUGCUUCCAAUUAUGGAGUAGGGGCUGUAUUGCUCCAAGGUGAGCACCCUAUUUCGUAUUUUAGUAAAAGAUUGGGUCCUAGGUUGGCCAAUGCUUCCACUUAUAUUAGGGAGUUAUAUGCAAUUACCACUGCUGUUAAACGUUGGCGCCAAUAUUUGUUGGGAGCCAAGUUCAUCAUUCGAACGGAUCAUAGAAGUAUCAAAGAACUUCUGACUCAAACUAUUCAUACUGCCGAGCAACAAAAGUACUUGUGCAAAUUGAUGGGCUAUUCCUUUCAGAUUGAAUAUAAGCCUGGUCAUGCUAACAUUGUAGCUGAUGCUUUGUCUCGCAUAUUUGAUGAGGAUGGUGCUUUGUGUGUAACUUUGUUUGUUCCUGAGUUUGAUUUGCUUUCUGAAAUUAAAGCUCAAAAUUUGAUUGAUCCCUAUUUGUUACAAAUCCAUCAGCAAUUGCAGAAUCAGCCAAACAGAGAUCCUGAUUUGCUUAUUCGAGAUGGAAUACUCUUGCAUAAAGGGAAGUAUUACAUUGGUCCUUCUUCUUCUUUGAUUCCUAUUUUAAUCAAAGAAGCUCACUCUUCCUUGAUUGGGGGGCAUGCAGGGGUAUUACGCACAUACUUGAGAUUGACAGCAACAUUUUAUUGGUCUUCUAUGAAGAAAGAUGUAAAACUGUUUGUUCAGAAUCGUCACACAUGUCAACAAGUCAAGUAA